AUGGCAUCAAAUUCAACAGCGGCCCUCGGGCCGCUCGAUACACUCAACACCACCACCAACUCUACAAUAACUUCAACCUCGCCGCUCUCAUUCUUUCAGGACCUCGACUUUAUGAUUCUGGAGCUCAAACUGGUCCUCUCCGCACUGGGAAUAAUCUAUCUCGGCUCUCACGCUGCUAUCCGCCGCCCACCAUCCGCCUCGCCCCCAAAGAAGAAACCUGGCCAAAAGUCUGAAGACGAUGACCGCUUCUCACAGGGCCUCGAGCCCUCUGACGCAAUCAUGUUCCCCAUCAUGGCAGCCAUCACGCUCGUGGGACUGUACUAUCUCAUUCAGUGGCUCAAGGAUCCGGCCAUUUUGAACAAGAUACUCAGGUACUACAUGUCCACCAUGUCGGUAGCCAGUGUCUUGACGCUAUACGCCCAUGGUAUGGACGUGGGCACAUCAUUCAUCUUCCCUAGCUAUUGGCGCGGUAGAGACGGGUCCCUACGAAAGGUUGAUCAGCGAAAUAAGACUGUGCAAGUUUGCGACGACUUUGGGAACGCGGGUGCCGUGACGGAAAUGAACCCUUUCCCCGGGCCGUUAGGUAUUUUCGCUGCCACAGAGAGAGCCAAGAAGGCGGCUUGGGAGCUGAGGAGCCUGUUCACUAGAAACUGGACGAUCAAGCUCUUCAUUCAUGGGAUGGGCGAGGAGUCUGCCAAGAUUCGCUUUUCCCAUAUGAUGGCGUUGCUGUUCUCGCUGAUGACGGCCCUGGUUUACUUCUCGACAGAGUCGGCCUUUUUGUCGAACAUGUUGGGAUAUGGCAUGUGUUAUGGGAGUUUCUUGAUCUUGUCGCCGACGGACUUUUUGACGGGGAGCUUGGUGCUUUGGGGUUUGUUCUUUUACGACAUAUUCAUGGUGUUUUAUACUCCGUACAUGAUUACUGUUGCGACGACUCUCGAAGUUCCCAUCAAGCUCACCUUUGAAGCCGCAUCACGCAAAAGUAUCCUCGGUCUUGGAGACAUUGUCAUCCCCGGCAUGGUUAUUGGUUGGGCACUUCGUCUGGAUUUGUGGCUACACUACGUUCGCAAAAUCAAGUAUGAAUCAACUGACCUCACCAUUGUUGAAAUGGAGCCCUCCUCUGGUGAAAUCGUCAAACGCAGCGAGACAAAACAUAAAGAAGUCAAAGCUCGGUACAUCGAUGUGAAGAACAAGUGGGGUGAGGGUCUCUGGACACGCGAGAGUUUGUUCCUUUCACGGCCUUCGCAGCUUCCCGUUGAAUUGGCGGGUGCUCGAUUCAACAAGACGUAUUUCCACGCCUCCAUGAUAGGAUACGCUCUUGGAAUGGGUGUGACCCUGGCCAUGUUGCUGGUGUUUAAGCGCGGUCAGCCAGCGUUGCUGUACCUUGUUCCUGGCGUUUUGGGCUCGUUGGUGUUUACGGCGCUCGUCAGGGGGGAAUGGAAGGAUAUGUGGAAAUACACUGAAGAUGGGAGUCUGGAUGUGGAGGACGUGAUUGUUGACUUGGACUGGGAGGGGAAGGCUAUCAAGACGAUAGGACCUUUGGAGGAUGGUGUUGUGGACACGACCAAGGACAAGAACAAGAACAAGAAGGGCGAGGAGAAGAAGAAGAAGGGUGGGGAUGAGAAGGAAACAGAUGAGGAAGUGGAAGUGAGGAAGUACGCCGAUACAUGGGGGCAUAAGGUGUUUUCGUUGUCGAUAGAAGUGCCCCCGGAGAGUGAGGAGGCGUAA